AGAAAGUAUAGGAACAACAUCGUUCUUCCAAAAUUAAAAAAAAAUUAUAUAAUAAUUAUAAAAAGUGAAAAACAUAGUAAAACUCUCACAAACAAGAAACGAUGUCCAACGUUAUUAAGAAGGUGAUUCCCAUGCUGGACCGCAUUCUAAUCCAGCGUUUCGAGGUGAAGACCACCACCGCGGGCGGCAUCCUGCUGCCCGAGGAGUCGGUGCCCAAGGAGAUGCAGGGCGUGGUGGUUGCCGUCGGACCCGGAGCCCGCAAUCCUGCUGGAGCUGGACACUUGUCCGUUGGCGUCAAGGAGGGCGAUCGCGUGCUGUUGCCCAAAUACGGUGGAACUAAGGUCGAUAUGGACGACAAGCGCGAGUAUGUUCUGUUCCGCGAGAGCGAUAUCCUUGCUAAACUGGAAUAGAUUUGCAACACUUUCCGAAACAUCAAAGCCGAUAUACACGAUAUACAUAUAAUGCUCCAAGCAAUACUCAUCCUCCUAUCUCGUCACUUAUCUUCGGUGGAGACUGUCAUUUUGCUUCCGAAUUGCGUUCGAAACUAAAUGAUUAUAAUGAAAUGUUAUAUUUGGUAAAUGGCCAAUCUACACACUCCACACACUUCAUCCGACUAUGAAACAUGUCGCGCCUGCUCUUAUAGCUACCACUCACACUGCCAUAUCGUGUAAGGACAGGCCAAAUAAACCACUGUAGAUGUGCCUUUUGUGUCUU